CUAAAUAAGAACUGCGUGUGAUUGCUGUGAUAAUUCGACAAAUACUAGCUUGUAGUAUUGGUUGUCGUUUUUCAACAUAUACGCUGUAGGUUGGUGGUGAGGAUAGAUCAAACAGCACAUACUGUUGCUUCCCGUAGAAUGGGUCGUCUAUCGAGGGACAAGCGGGAUGUAUUCUAUCGACGAGCAAAGGAAAAGGGUUACCGAGCUCGAUCGGCAUUCAAACUGCUUCAGCUUGAUUCCGAGUUCAAUCUGUUCGAUGGGGUAACGCGGGCUGUCGAUCUCUGUGCGGCCCCUGGAUCAUGGAGCCAGGUGCUGUCCGACAAGCUAGUGGUUUCCAAGCGAAAUUCAGCGCCCGACGAAACCAAGACUGAAGAAACCUCCAACGCAACGAUUGUGGCCGUGGACCUCCAGCCAAUGGCUCCGAUCGACGGCGUUCUUUGCAUUCAGGGGGACAUUACGAGCUAUGAAACCGCGCAGGCGAUCCUCAAGCCUUUUGGCUGCGGGAGCGAGGGCGGUACCAAGGACGGAGGCGAAACCCGUGCCGAACUAGUGAUCUGCGAUGGUGCCCCCGACGUGACGGGAUUGCACGACCUCGACGAAUACCUCCAGGCGCAGUUGCUGAUCAGCGCGGUCAAGAUUACAACUCAUGUAUUGGUGGACGGUGGUAUGUUCCUUUGGCGUUCGCAUGGCGUCGAAUUUCUCGUAUCGUUUCUUUUCAUCCUGUAGCAUUAUCAAGUCCACUUACACAUGUGUUGUGCGUUUCGGAAUGUGCUUUCAGGAACCUUUGUCGCUAAAAUCUUUCGGGGCCGCCAUGCAAGCCAAUUGUAUUCUCAGUUGCGUCUCUUGUUUGAUCGUGUGAGCAUUGCAAAGCCCACCAGUUCGAGAAAUUCCUCUCUGGAGUCGUUCGUGGUGUGCCAGCAAUUCAACAAGCGCGGGUCUGCCGACCUGCGAAACCUAUCGCUGGACCGAGACACGGUUCUGGACGUGGUGGAAGGAUCUCCCUCGUUGCCAAAGUGCAUACCACCCUUUCUGACCUGUGGCGAUCUGAGCGGGUGGGGCGAAGCGCCCGGGACCAUUAUGGAUGCGGACAAGAGCUAUCCCAUGGAAGAAGAGGACUACGUGCAGCCGAUUCAUCCACCCAUUGCACCACCGCAUAUGCAAGCGAUCGAAGAAAAAGAGAUACAACGCCAGAAACAGGGAUAGACGAAUUUAUCAUCCAAUUCUUUGUCCGGGAUCUAACCUGGGAUUACGAAAGAUGCAGUGCCGCUUCAUCGAACGGUUCGGGGGCAACUCGUGAGGUAAAUAAUUGCUAUGAAUUUGAAUCCCAAGGUGUUGAGGAAUAAUGCUCAUGUUGCACCGCGCAAUCGACUGCAAAGAGGAAGACCUUCCCCAUGGUUCUCCUCUUUGUCUUAACAGUCUGUCCGCCGCUAGAACGACGAAGUCACUUUGCCCUUGAUCCGACAAAUAUUGCCACGCCGGAUCAAGCUUUACUGUGAAUCGACAUUUUUGCUCAUUUAUGGAUCGAUCAACAGAUCGAUCGGGAAUACGAGAAUAAAACUUCACUGACAAUUCCCUUUCUCUCUUUACAUUCGUAUGGAUUCCAGAUGCUACACGGUACGGCAACUACCACUCAUGAAAUUUGGUACAAAAGAUCGGAGUAAAUUAAUGCCAUUGUCAGAUUUCAAUUCUUUUCUCUGCAAGCUUUUGAGAUCCACUACGCACUCCGUUUCAUUUUGCAACAAGGCUUAGGAACCGCGAGUCGCACCAAAAAGAAGGAAACAAUUUAUACGACCAUCUUAAAAGCU